AUAAGGACAGCCUGGCUAAAGGUACAUCAGAUAAUGGCAUCAAUGACCAAACUGGUGAACUGCUGUUUCACGAGGGAUUCCAGGACUGGGUAGGGUCAGACAGGGAACUCCCACUGGCUCCUCAGUUGAAGCUACUCUGGAGGUGGACAGGCCACUAGAAAAUUCACUUGCACUUGUUUCCUGCUGGCCAUGAGCGAGCUGCCCUUUCUGAGUCCAGAGGCAGCCGGAGGACCUCACAUCAACAGAGGGUCCCAGAGUUCCCUGGAGGAAGCCUCUGUCAUGGACUCGGAGGCUCGCCACAGUCUAGGUGUCCUGCACGUGUCCUUCAGCGUCAGCAACCGUGUCGGGCCCUGGUGGAACAUCAAAUCAUGCCAGCAGCGGUGGGACAGGAAAAUUCUCAAAGAUGUCUCCUUGUACAUUGAAAGUGGACAGAUAAUGUGCAUCCUAGGCAGCUCAGGCUCAGGCAAAACCACCCUGCUGGAUGCCAUCUCCGGGAGGCUGCGGCGCACAGGGACCCUGGAAGGGGAGGUGUUUGUGAACGGCCGCAGGCUGCACAGGGACCAGUUCCAAGAUUGCUUCUCCUACGUUCUGCAGAGUGACGUCUUUCUGAGCAGCCUCACCGUGCGCGAGACGCUGUGCUACACAGCAAUGCUGGCCCUGCGCCGUAGCUCUGAGGACUUCUACAAGAAGAAGGUAGAGGCUGUCAUGGCGGAGCUGAGCCUGAGCCACGUGGCAGACCAAAUGAUUGGCAACUAUCAUUUUGGGGGGAUCUCCAGUGGUGAGCGGCGCCGAGUCUCCAUCGCAGCCCAACUCCUUCAGGAUCCCAAGGUCAUGAUGUUUGAUGAGCCAACCACAGGACUGGACUGCAUGACCGCGAAUCAGAUUGUCAUCCUCCUAGCAGAGCUGGCUCGCAAGGAUCGAAUUGUGAUUGUCACCAUCCACCAGCCUCGCUCUGAGCUCUUCCAUCACUUUGACAAAAUUGCCAUCCUGACUUACGGAGAGUUGGUGUUCUGUGGUACACCAGAGGAAAUGCUUGGCUUCUUCACUAACUGUGGUUACCCAUGUCCUGAACAUUCCAACCCCUUCGAUUUCUACAUGGACUUGACGUCAGUGGAUACCCAAAGCAGAGAGCGAGAAAUAGAAACUUACAAGCGCGUCCAGAUGCUCGAAUCUGCCUUCAAAGACUCUGUGAUCUAUCGCAAGAUUCUGGAGAAUAUUGAAAGAACAAAACACAUGAAAACCUUACCUAUGGUCCCCUUCAAAACGAAAGACCCUCCCGGAAUGUUCUGUAAGCUUGGUGUCCUCUUGAGGAGAGUAACGAGAAACUUGCUGAGAAAUAAGCAGGCGGUGGCUAUGCGUCUUGUUCAGAAUCUGAUCAUGGGACUGUUCCUCAUUUUUUACCUUCUCCGGCUCCAGAACAGCAUGCUAAAGGGUGCUGUCCAGGAUCGCGUGGGUCUGCUGUACCAGCUUAUAGGCUCCACCCCGUACACUGGAAUGCUCAAUGCAGUGAACCUGUUUCCCAUGCUGAGAGCUGUCAGCGACCAGGAAAGUCAGGAUGGCCUGUACCGGAAGUGGCAGAUGCUGCUGGCCUACGUACUGCACGCACUCCCCUUCAGCAUUAUCGCCACAAUGUUGUUCAGCAGUGUGUGUUACUGGACUCUGGGCUUGUAUCCUGAAGUCGCCAGAUUUGGAUACUUCUCUGCUGCUGUGUUGGCCCCCCACUUAAUUGGAGAAUUUUUAACGCUUGUGCUGCUUGGGAUGGUCCAAAACCCCAAUAUUGUCAACAGUAUAGUGGCUCUGCUGAGCAUUUCUGGGCUGCUUAUUGGAUCUGGAUUUAUCAGAAACAUAGAAGAAAUGCCCAUUCCUUUAAAAAUCUUGAGUUAUUUUACAUUCCAAAAAUACUGUUCUGAGAUUCUUACCGUCAAUGAGUUCUAUGGGCUGAAUUUCACUUGUGGAGACUCCAGCUCCAAUACCUCUACGGCAUAUAACCCUUUGUGCUCCAUCACCCAGGGGAUCCAGUUCAUCGAGAAGACCUGCCCAGGCGCCACAUCCAGGUUCACAGCAAACUUUCUCAUCUUAUAUGCAUUCAUCCCAGUUCUCGUCGUCCUAGGGAUAGUGGUUUUUAAAGUCCGGGACUACCUCAUCAGCAGAUAGCCAAGGUCCCGGCCAGGAAAGGGUUUCAUGGGCAGCUGUGCCUGUGUGGACCACAGAGACGUACCGUCUUCGAGCAUCGCGAUUCCAUCUGUGACCCUUGAAUCUACCCACAUCCCCAAGUGCAAUGAGAAUGGCCCAGAGUCCUUUGCUGUUCCAGCUUGUGGGCAAAUGUGGUCCUUGGAAAUUAUGACUGACCUGGUCCAAAGAUGUAAAUAAUAACAGUAAUUCAUAAACCUAUGGGACAUUAGUUUGACUAUGUGUUUUUUCUAGACACAGAAAAAUAAGCCCGUUUUAAAAAUUAUGUUUACAUUUGAUAAAGAAUUUUA